GUUGCUCUGCGUGUUGCCCGUUCCAGGUUCUAUGCUGCGUGCUGUUGCUGCCUUUCCAUCCGCCCACCUACACUAGACUUCUACAAUCCUCCACAUCAUCAAUCAACCAACAGACCGACCUCCCACCCCCAACGACCUACACCUAAUCUCAUUCAGCGAAACCAUCCAUCUUUCGCUCCACCACCGUCCACCUUACGAUACCCGCCUUAUUUCUUCGCUGUCCAACUCAACCCAACACCACCACAUCGCAUAGCGCGUCCCUCGUUGCCCAUCAUGAACCCUGAAUACGACUACCUCUUCAAGCUCCUCCUCAUCGGUGACUCCGGUGUCGGAAAGUCUUGCUUGCUCCUUCGUUUUGCCGACGAUACCUACACCGAGUCCUAUAUCUCCACCAUCGGUGUCGACUUUAAAAUUCGCACUAUCGAGCUUGAUGGCAAGACCGUGAAGCUCCAGAUCUGGGAUACCGCUGGCCAAGAACGUUUCCGUACCAUCACCUCUUCCUACUACCGUGGCGCCCACGGCAUCUGCGUUGUCUACGAUGUCACGGAUAUGGACUCUUUCAACAACGUGAAGCAAUGGCUUCAGGAGAUUGACCGUUACGCCACCGAGGGCGUCAACAAGCUCCUCGUCGGCAACAAGAGCGAUAUGACCGACAAGAAGGUUGUUGAGUACACAGUCGCCAAGGAGUUCGCCGACAGCCUGGGCAUUCCCUUCCUCGAGACCUCCGCCAAGAACGCUAGCAACGUCGAGCAGGCUUUCCUUACCAUGGCCCGCCAGAUCAAGGAGCGCAUGGGCAGCUCCAUCGCCACCAACAACACGAAAGCCAGCGUCAACGUCUCCCCCGGCCACGGCGUCUCCAACAACUCUUCCGGCGGCUGCUGCUAAAGCGUCUGUGCCUUGCGGCAUUGGUUGCGCUCUUGGCGUUACGGUUUCGCAUCGGACGGUGUUUGACGACAUGAUGAUGCGAUUGAAUGUUACGGCGUGGGCACUGGGUUGAGCUGUGAUGCAAAUGCUGCUCUAAUGGGAUCUCAGUUGGGAAUGUUUCGGCUCUGCUUCUGUGGUUUUGCGAGGAACAUGGGAGGAGACUUGGGGCGGCUUUACAUGCUACCUUGGGAAUUCAUCACACGGUUCCGCGGGCUCUUCUUCGCUUGCCGGGACAGGUUAGGGUGGGGCCUAAGAGGAUGGUGAUCGAACGCACCGGAAAAGGGAGCUUAAUAGUUGGCUCAUCACCAGUGUCCGUCACGAUUCCUGGCAAAGGGCAAGGGGGGAAAGAGUGGCUGGCUGAGACAUGGGAUGGGCGGCGGGCUUCUUAGAGAGCUUCCACGACCCUUGAUGAUGUUGGGGGUGUGUGUGUUGCGUGUGUGUAUUUUCGGUCUUGGGCAUAACUGAGGACGCGGCACGGUUUUUUUUUUUUUUUUAAACACAUUUGUUACUUUUGGUUUUUUUUUUAAGGAGCUAGACUACAGUUUUUGCUAUUUUUGUGUUUUGAGGCAAACCCACUGAUCUUUCCAUGCUACAGCUCUCUCACACAUAGAGGAAACCUUUCGCUUCAGAGAGAUGACCGGCACAUUUACACCAAGAAGAACCACACGUACAGGCACACCCAUGCAUAAAAAACAAAUGCUCACCAGACUUCAAGCCCUUAGCCAGCUCUAGACGUCCUCGAUAGUUACUCGCGCUUGAUGAAGUCUCUCAAAGUGACGGACUUGGUUAUGCUAGUAGAGUUUGAUAGUCUAACUGGAUCUGUAAACAUUGAGAUUUUGGAC